AUUUAUUAGUACACACAUGACAUAACCUAAGGUCCACUCAUUAUCUUUCUCCUUCCAUUUUCUCAAAAUUCUCAAUAUACCAAAUCCCAAAAAAAAAAAAAAAAAAAAUUACAAAAAAUAGCCCCAAAUAACAAAUCUGCUCUUUUCUAAUGGAUUCAUCAGAUGAUGAUACUGAAGAGUACCUUUUCAAGAUUGUAAUAAUUGGUGACUCAGCAGUUGGUAAAUCUAAUUUACUAUCAAGAUAUGCUAGAGAUGAGUUUAAUUUACAUUCAAAAGCAACUAUUGGUGUUGAAUUUCAAACCCAAGUUCUUGAAAUUAAUGGUAAAGAAGUUAAAGCUCAGAUUUGGGAUACUGCUGGUCAAGAAAGGUUUAGAGCUGUUACUUCUGCUUAUUAUCGUGGUGCUUUUGGUGCAUUACUUGUUUAUGAUAUUUCAAGAAGGACUACUUUUGAAAGUGUUACUAGGUGGCUUGAUGAGCUUAAUACUCAUUGUGAUACAACAGUCGCGAAGAUGUUGAUAGGAAACAAAUGUGAUUUGGACAACAUUAGGGAUGUUAGCAUUGAAGAAGGGGCGAAGCUUGCAGAAGCAGAAGGAUUGUUCUUCAUGGAGACGUCCGCAUUAGAUUCAACAAAUGUUAAUAAGGCUUUCGAGAUUGUCAUCCGUGAAAUCUACAGCAAUGUCAGCCGAAAGAUCUUGAAUUCGGAUUCUUACAAGGCUGAGUUAUCUAUUAACAGGGUAAGCCUCGUAAAAGAUGACGGAGAAGGAUCUAAUCGAUCUUGGAGCAAUUGUUGCUCAAGAUGAACCAUGUCUUAAACUGAUUAUACAUUUUGUACUGUUGGCUCAAGAUUAAGAGAUUUUUCAGUAUUUAUUCAAUACACUAACACAGUGAAUCGUAUAAAUGUCUCUUAACUCUGGUUAAGUGAUAUGCAUUCUCACUUUAAGUUGUAACUCUUUAAGGAUACUUGUUUGAUUCGGUGUAAACACCAGUUGUGAGCAAAUAUUUUUAUGGAGGCGCAUAUUGAAUGCUAGCGGGCGACCCGUAUUUCAAGAUUUCUA